AUGUCUUACGCUCAAUAUGGAGGGUCCGGGCGAAACCCUGGCGUUGAAGCGAGAAUAGUGGGAAAUCUGAAACUUGAAUACACUUCAUUUGAAGAUAGUGUUACCCCAGGAACGACAGAACGGCCACUCUUAAUGGAAAACAUGCUCCGUCAGAAGAAUGUCAGUAUAGAUGUAAUGGAAGGAUACAAUCCAAUAAUUCCAGAAUCUGUUAACCAACACUCCAUCUAUCACUUGUAUGAAUACGAAUCACAGACUAAGUUUUUGGAUAAGAUCCCACGUCCACUGAUCGGUGAUACUGAAUUUCGAACGAGAUUCCUUUGCUGUCGCUAUGUGAUUUGCAGUAUUGACGAUUGGAUGACCCGUCGCAAACCCGCUGAAUUAUUGGCAAUUCGAAAAAAUGGUGACAUCUAUAUCGGUGCCAAUAAGUCUCUUGAAGAGAAUUCUUCUAGCACUAACGAAGCUGCUUAUGGAGGUUUGAACUUCGGGACUAAAGUCACACAUCGAGCAACACCUUUUGAGUCACGCAAGCACCAUUCCGUCGUCAAGCAAUGGUACCUAGAAAACAGGAAAACCCACCGAUCCAUGAGCAUUUUCAUCUCGAGUGUUGCACGAGCAUUCGACUCACGCGGAGAAGUCGUCGAACUGAAGACUGUUGGAUCAAAAGUGCAGGGAAAAAUUCAGAACCUUCCAGGAGCAAAGGCACGUAACUGGUGGCUCCGAGCGCUCUUAAGCGGAGCAACUCGUAUUGUGUACGGUCUUCGAAUGGAUGACAUGAUUGUGAAUGAAAUCCUCGAAGCACACAUUGAUGAAUUCACACAUGGUCAUUUCAAAUUCUCCGCGACGCGUCUGUUCACAGAAAUCUACAAAAUCUUUGAAAAAGUUGACAAGAAGCUUUCAAAUGAAGGAGAUAUGUGCCUGAUCACUCUUCAAAGGUAUGAUGUCGAUAUCACUAUUGCCAAUGACGACGAUUUGAACAAAAGCCCGUUUUGGUGA